CCUCACCUUCUUCGUUCUCCUCUCGCUGUAUGACGGCGAGACGAGAGGAUUCUGGCGAAAGAUGCGAGAGGGAAGAAGAUUUCGUUGAUUCAGACAAGGCGAAGGGGAAAAUUCUCAGCUGAGACCAUCAGGUCCCGCUCCCGCGGUGUGAUUUGGGCUCAGGCGCUCAUCUCCUACUCCCCCCUCCCGUCGCCGCUACCUGAGCUCCGUUCCCACUUGCCUCCUCACGUGAUCCCGUCCCCCCUCACCAGCUACCACUCGGCACCAAUUCUCUCCCUCGGCAAGUGAAUCGGCUGCAGAGUGCGGGGGACUCGUUGGUUAAUCGGUUCUACUAGUUGCUACUGAUCCUGCAGGUUACUGGUGGGAACUAGGCCCAUGUUGAGCGGCCGCGCCGUGACGCUGAGCGAGAGGGGCGACUCCGGCACGCGCUUGGACGAGGAUGUCGCGCCCGAGGCCGGCGACGAGGAGGCCGAGUCCACCGCAAGGGUGCUGUACCGGGCCUCGUUCCAGGAGCUGAUGCCCGGCUACCUACAGUACGACACCAUCAUCUGGGCGGCGAUAUCCCUGCUGCUCGUCCUGGCGUGGGGGAUCGGUCUGCUCCUGCUUCUCUACCUGCCGUACAAGAGAUACGUGCUCAAGAGGGACAUCAUGUCCCGCCAACUCUAUGUCACGGAAAACAACAUAGUGUACAAGGCGACUAGACCUUCCUACUUGCCGUUCAUGGGGAUAGUCAAGAAAGAGAUUAAAGUGCCUCUCCAUUUGAUCGUUGAUAUUGUAGUUGAGCAAGGCUGUCUACAAUCUGCUUAUAGCUUAUACACGUUUAGAAUAGAAAGCAUAGCCCAUGGGAAACCUGCUCCCGUUGAUGAACUGCAAUUUCAUGGUGUCCAUGAUCCAGAUCUUCUGAGAAAGGUUAUUAUCAGAGAAGCUUCCAGGAGAACACAAGAAGUCCAAAGUUGGAGAACUAGAUUGUACUCUGGGGAAGGCCCUUCCUAUGUUCCACCAACUAGUGGAUUACACUCUCCUAGUGCAAAGUGUGUGCAGGUCAAAGCUUCCUCAAUCCGUGCUUUCCUCGAUCCUAAGGGCAAAAUUCCUGACAGUAUAUUGCUCCACAAGCUUGAAGAAGUUAGUCGAUCGGUGAAGAAUCUUGAGUCUCUCCUCAUAGGAUCACAUACAAGAGAAUGAUGCGAUAUGUGAUCAGCACAUAUUCUGUAUCAACUUCUACGAUUUACUCUCAAACAUGGAAAGAACAGGAAGCACAAGCAGAGUGUAUGAAGUCUGCGUUCUAUUUAGCCCUGCAAACACCAUGGCAGAUUAUGAAGCAACUGUGGUGCUGAGAAUGAGCCUUUUGUUUUAUUUGCUGGUAGUCAUGUGUUGUACAUAGGUGAUAGGUCAUGCUGAUUCUUUCAAGUUUCACAAUUCCAUGUACAUAAUCAAUGGCAUUGGAUUGCAAAGUAGAUCAACACACAUGUAAGAUCUGUAUACUGUCCAAACUGGUAUUUGGUGUGUUCAUUCAAAAUGAAAAUGAUAUUUGGUGUUAUUAUA